AUGAUUCUGCCAGUGGUGUUCCUGUGUCUCACAGCUGUGCUGCCUCUGUCCACUGGAGAGGUCAUGAGCUACGUGCCUCUCCCUUUGCUCACACUCCCAUCCUCUCAACAUGAACCUGAAAGUCUCGAUGCUCUGUCAACUAGCAAAGCAGGUCAGCAAAAGUUGAUUGUUGACAGACAUAAUGCCCUCAGGAGAGGAGUAAAACCAACUGCCAGCAACAUGUUGAAAAUGGAAUGGUGUCCUCAGGCUGCAAAGAAUGCCCAAAAAUGGGCCAAUCGAUGUACUUUAAGUCACAGUCCUGGUAACAUGAGGAGAACCACUGUACAAUGUGGCGAAAAUCUCUUCAUGUCAUCCGCCCCUUUCCCAUGGCCAGAUGUUGUUCAGGCCUGGUACGAUGAGGAGAAAGAUUUCAAAUAUGGAACUGGAGCAAAAACACAAGGUGCUGUGAUUGGCCAUUACACUCAGGUGGUUUGGUACAAUUCUUAUCAAAUUGGAUGUGCUGUCGCUUUCUGUCGCAACAGUAAAUACAAAUACUUUUAUGUCUGCCAUUACUGCCCCAUGGGGAAUCUACGAAGUUCAAUUCAGACACCCUACAAAAAAGGAGAACCCUGUGGUGAUUGCCCUAAUGCUUGUGAGAACGGAUUAUGCACCAAACUUUGA